CUCUUCUCACGUUCUCAACAUCACCAAUUACCACAACAUGUCCGACUUUGACCACGACCUGUACGGCGACCUCGACCUCGAGGACCUUGACGCGACGCAGCUCGACGAGGAGCUCGUCGACCCUGACACGCUGGAUGCUCCGGAGCCUGCGCCGCCGGUGCCCACUACGAGCGUGGGCGGUGUGAGCGACGCCGCACCCGCAUUUGACGCGCACGCGGCAGCUCGCCCCGUUCCUCAAGGCUUUGACAGGAUGAAGCCGAGCGAUAUGCCGGACGAGGGCAAGAUGUUCAUCGGCGGCCUGAACUGGGAGACGACAGAUGAGGGACUGCGCGCAUACUUUAUCCAGUUUGGCGAGAUUGAGCAGUGCACGAUCAUGCGCGACCCGACGGGCCGCUCGCGCGGCUUUGCCUUCCUGACCUUCCGCGACCCGGCGAGCGUCACCAAGGUGCUGGAGCAGAACCACCAGCUCGACGGCAAGAUGAUCGACCCGAAGCGCGCGAUCCCGCGCGCCGAGCACGAGCGCACGGCCAAGGUGUUCGUGGGCGGCCUCGCGGCCUCGGUGACGAGCGACAGCUUGAAGCAGUUCCUCGGCCGCUUCGGCAAGGUGAUGGAUGCGACGGUCAUGUUUGACCGCUUGAACGGGCGGUCGAAGGGCUUCGCGUUCGCGACGUUUGCAGACGAGUCGGGCGUCGACAAUGCGAUGCAGCACAGCGGCAUCGAGCUCGAGGGGCGCGCGAUCGAGAUCAAGAAGGCCCAGCCCCGCGGCGCCGGUACCCAGGUCAAGAGCUUCAAUGCGCCGGGCGGCGCACGCACCACCGGCUUCAACCCCACCAGCAACAUGAGCUUUGGGAUGGGCUUCGACCCCGGCGCCAUGGCGAUGAUGUACAACAACAUGGCCAAGGGCCAGAUGGGCGGCGGCUUCGACCCGAAUGCCAUGGCGAUGAUGUACACCAACAUGAUGAAGAAUAUGGGCAUGAACGGUGGCGCGCCGGCCAUCAACCCCAACAUGGCGCGCGGGAUGGGCGGCAUGGCCGGCGGCGGCAUGGGCAUGGGUAACAUGAUGGGCGGGAUGGGCAUGAUGGGCGGCAUGGGCGGCAUGGGCAUGGGUAUGGGCGGCAUAGGCAUGGGUGGGAUGGGUAUGGGCGGUAUGGGAGCGAUGGGCGGAGCCGGGAUGGCCGGCAGUCGCGCGACCGGCGGACGCCAGCCUCCGAACGCGCCGCGCGGCCCCGCCGCCAUGCGCAGCACGGGCGGGCCGAGCGGUAUGGCGCAGCCGAUGGCGCAGAGCGGCAGCGGCAACGGCUCGGCGUCGGGGUCGGCUUCGGGCCCCCAGCGCUACUCGACCCAGGGGCAGCAGCGCGCCAAGCCCUACUAGCCUCGCAUCGCAAUCUCACGUCCUGUCUGUUUC